AUGUGGUUGGAUUUCCAUGUACAAAACAAGCAUGGCGCGCAAAACAAAAAAGAACAGAAAAUAACCGUCACAAACAAGUUUAGGAAGUGUGAAAAUUGUCAGAAACAUUUUAGAGAAUUCGCAAGGUAUAAAAAACAUACCAAAAUCUGUUUUGGCAUCGACAAGGAUUACUUUUAUUGUCAGAUUUGUCCGCACAAAUCUGCUCGAAUCGCCAACUUGUUAAAACACAUUCGACUUCACAAGGACUACAAAACCUACCAGUGCGGUUUUUGCGAGUACGAAGUGCUUACGCAGGGUUUAAUAGACCGUCACAUUACAAUAGAACAUAAAGAAUUAAUCGUGAAACAUAGCCAGUUGCUUUCGCAACCGAUUUAUUGGUGCGACACUUGCGAUUUUCGGUCAAUAAUCAAAGACAAUUUCGAUUUGCACAUCAGAGAAGAAUGCUUCAAAUCUAAAAAGUUAAUUAUUUCUUGA